AUGACAGCCCCCAGUACCGAAAGCAGCAGCAGCAGCAGCAGCAGCAGCACCUGCAACAGCAGUAGCAGCAACAGCAGCAGCAGCAACAACAGCAGCAGCGACAGCUGCUCCGGAACCAACAGCAGCAGCAAAAGCAGCAGCAGCAGCAGCAGAGGAAAUAAAAGCAGCAGCAGGAGAAGCGUCUGGUGCCGCAACCGAAGCAGCAGCCUGCGCUCCACAGCUGCAGACAGCAGCAGCAGAAGCAGCGGCAGCAGCAGCAGCAGAAGCAGCGGCGACAGCAGCAGCAGAAGCAGCGCCGACAGCAGCAGCAGCAGCAGCAGCAGAAGCAGCAGCUGCAGCAAGAGCGAUAUCGAUGUGUCUCCUUUUGCUGCAGCAAGUGGAUAUCCGUACAGACAAAACGAAUGCAAAACACAAACAGGAAGGCAACAUGGUAUAGUCGGGAAUCCUCUUCUCCGCCCGUUCUUCUUGGGUUGGUUUAUGCUGCUGGUGGUGCUGUUUUUCUUGCUGCUGCUGCAGCAGCAGCAGCAACAGCAGCAGCAGCACAGGAGGGGCCCUGACAUCAGCCCUAGCGGAAUGCUGCGCGCUGCUGCUCGGCGUGCAGCAGCAGCAGCAGCAGCAGCAGCAGCAACAGCAGUAGCCGAUGAUGAUGCACUGGAGAGAUACGAAGACAACACUGCAGCAGAAGCAGCAGCAGCAGCGCACAGCGCAGCCAUAGCAGCAGCAGCAGCAGCAACAGCAACAGCAGCAACAGCAGCAGCAACGCGUAGCAGCACAAUUAAAGGGCCCCUUGGAGUGUCUCCUGUGCAGACCUGGCAGAUCCUUAUAUACCCGCGAAUAAAAGGCUGCAGCAGCAGCAGCAGCAGCAGCAGCUACAGCAGCAGCAGCAGCAGCAGCAGGUGGUUUGUGCUGCUGGCGAUCUAUACAACAGCAGCAGAUUUUGAGUUGCGGCAGCAAAUUCGCAGCAGCUGGGGGAGAGAAGGAGGUGUUGAGUUGUUAGAUAUAAAGCGUUUGUUUGUUGUAUGUACUCCUGCUGCUGCUGCUGCUGCUGCUGCCGCUGCUGUAGCAGCAGAAGCAGCAGCAGCAGGAGACAUGCUGCUGCUGUCUCCUCGUGAGAGCUACUCUACUUUAGCAGCAAAAACUGCUUCUCUGCUGCAGUGGUUUGCUGCUGAAUGCCCUGAGGCUUCAUUCCUUAUUAAGAUAGAUGGGGACGUGCUGCUGCAGCAGCGGCGGAAGCUGCUGCUGCUGCUGCAGCAGCACUUACAGCAACAGCAACAGCAGCAGCAGCAGCAGCAGCAGCAAGAAGCUGCUGCUGCUGCUGCUGUUGUGUAUGGGGCUGUUAAGAAAGGGAGACACGGCGGUGUUGUUGUAAGACAAGAGACAGAGAAGAGCUUCGAGCCUGAAGAUAUAUACUCAUUUUCUUUAUAUCCUUUAUAUGCAGUUGGUGCUCUAUAUGUGCUGUCUGCUGCUGCUGCUGCUGCUGCUGCUGCAGUGUCUACGCAGGUACCUGAGGUGUAUAAUGAAGAUGUUUUUCUAGGCAUCUGCUUAGCUAGAGUCAAUAUAACUCCGCAGCAGCUUCCUCUCCCGCUGCACUUCUUUAUAGACCCCAACCCCACAGAAGCAGCAGCAGCAGCAGCAGCAGCAGCAGCAGCACCAACUGCAGCAACGCCGGCAGCAGCAGCAGCAGCAAUACCAGUAGAGGCAGCAGAAAUGGGAGCGAAUGCAGCAAUGCCUGCAGCAGAAGAAGCAGCAAAGCCGCUAUCAGCAGCAGCACUAGACGCAGCAGCAACAGAGGCAGCAACAACAGCAGCAGCAGCAGCAGAGGCAGCAGCAGCAGAAGAAGAAGAAGAGCGCUUCUUCUGCUACAUAGCCAGAUUUGCUGCUGUACAUCCUGUCUCUCUCUAUUCUCUUCGGCGUUACUUUGAAUGGAGAGAGAGAGGAGGGCAUAAGAAGUGCAGCAGCAGCAACUGCUGCAACAGCAGCAGCAACUGCAGCAGCAACAACUGCACAAGCGACGGCGGCUGCUGCACUAGCAGCACCAAAUGCAGCAGCAGCAGCAAUUGCUGUCCCUAA